CCCAGUGCAGGUGGCGUACAUCCUGAUCAUUUGACAACAUUCACCGUCUUUUCUUACAGAAAACAAACAUGUAAUAUAUUUUUUACACCGCGACAGUUGUGUCCAUGACGGAUCAGAUUAGCUUGUAGCAGACGUAGACUGUUUUCUGGAGACAUUGAGGUCAACAGAAGAAAAAUAUAAACGGCUAAUUUGCUGAUGGACGUAUUAUUGUACGUUUUCGUUGUGCCGUCGUAUUGCUAUUUUGCCUCGUCGGUAUGGACAUGUAGCUAAUGUGGAGUUUUCUGUAAAACAUCGCCGACUUUUUUCCAUGUUGAAUAGUGUGUUUUGUGCUCCGAAAGGGAACUGAAGUCGCACACCCGGCAGGCCUUAUUGUGUGAUGGUGUUUUCUACUCAAUAAACAUUAGCAGGGUUUCUGGAUUAGUUUGCUAACAAGUCAGUUAGGAUCAUAGUUUACACGACACAGACGGUAAUUGCUCAACGUUACGAUGAGUUUCUUCAGUUUCGGACAAAGUGCCGAAAUCGAUGUUGUCCUGAAUGACGCUGAAACGAGGAAGAAGGCUGAACACAAGACUGAAGAUGGAAAGAAAGACAAAUACUUUCUUUUCUAUGAUGGUGAGACUGUCAGUGGAAAGGUGAAUGUGACACUGAAGAACCCCGGGAAGAGGCUCGAGCACCAGGGCAUCAAAAUUGAAUUUGUUGGCCAGAUAGAGCUGUAUUAUGACAGAGGAAACCAUCAUGAGUUCGUUUCCCUGGUGAAAGAUCUCGCAAGACCAGGGGAAAUAACUCAGUCACAGACCUUCGACUUUGAGUUCACUCAUGUUGAAAAACCUUACGAGUCUUACACAGGCCAGAACGUCAAGCUAAGAUAUUUUCUUCGUGCCACAGUGAUCAGAAGACUAAAUGACAUCAGUAAAGAGAUGGACAUUGUGGUCCACACGUUGAGCACUUACCCCGAACUCAACUCCUCCAUUAAGAUGGAAGUUGGAAUCGAGGAUUGUCUCCACAUUGAGUUUGAGUACAACAAAUCCAAGUACCAUCUGAAAGAUGUAAUUGUGGGAAAAAUCUAUUUCCUGCUGGUGAGGAUUAAGAUUAAGCACAUGGAGAUUGACAUCAUCAAACGUGAGACAACGGGCACCGGCCCAAGUGUGUACCAUGAAAAUGACACAAUCGCCAAGUACGAGAUCAUGGAUGGAGCUCCAGUCAGGGGAGAGUCCAUUCCCAUCCGGUUAUUCCUGGCUGGUUAUGAUCUGACUCCCACCAUGCGAGACAUCAACAAGAAGUUCUCUGUGCGCUACUAUCUGAAUCUGGUGCUGAUCGACGAGGAGGAGAGACGCUACUUCAAACAGCAGGAAAUCACACUGUGGAGGAAAGGGGACGUGGUGAGGAAGAGCAUGUCCCAUCAGGCCGCCAUCGCCUCUCAGCGGUUCGAGGGCUCAGCUGCCUCAGAAAGCGCUUUGGAACAGGCUGCGAAGGAGGAGAGCGGGUAGAGGAGAGCUGCAGCCCUCCAGUCUCCUCUCACAAGACUCGUCUGUCGCAACUGUACAACAUCCGAUGAAGCUGCUGCUGAUGAAGGGAGGAAGAAGGGAGACCGAUACACAGUAAUACAUACAUACAGUACGUGAACAAUGAAACAGUUUGCAUGAGGCAUUCAAAGUGGCUUCAGGCUGCUGGUCUUGACCUUCCUCAUUAAUGCAUUUUUCUUUUUCUUUAUGGGAAUCAAACUAAUCACCUGUCGCGAUGUACACUGUGUUAAAACCUUCCAUGUGAUACUGUCGAAUUCUUAAGCCUUCUGUUUGUUACUUUUAUUAACGCUUUUUUGGAUAAAUUCAUUUCUAAUCUCAUAAUUAAUGCAACUGAAUUUUCAGAAAUGUAUUUCCGACAUUCCACCGUUAACGAAUGCAUUCCUAACACUGUAAUAAGGUCAAGAAAUCCGAGAUAACUUUGCACUGCUUUAUCUUGCUCAACACAUUUCUCUCUUUAUGUGUGUUUGCACAAAAAAAAAUAAUGGAAGCGGAAAUUUUCUUUUUUUGAGUGACAGGGCUGAAGUAUUAUUCCACACACUCUUUUUUUUUUUUGUUUGUUUUGAUCUGUAAAUAAGACCAGCUAAAACCUUUUAUCCUGUUCCAGCUUGUGUACAUUGAUUAUGCAGUACAGGGUGCCACACAAUGACCUUUCAUGUUCAUUCAUGCUUUGCCUCGGCAUUCCAGUGGUGUUAGGAAAGGGUGUUUGUAUUAAGGUCUGAUAGUAUGAAGUCCUCUGUAUCCACUUUAUUAGAGACUUGAAAGUUGUGCCUAAGUGUAUCAAGCAAAUGAAAUCCUCCUGCCUCUUUAACAUAAUUUUAGUCUUUUAACCAGAGAGUUACAGUAGAACUAUCUAUCUUUUGCAAAGUGCUAAUUAUUCCCUUGUCCCUGAAAGUCAAAUAAAAUGAUGCCAAAUGGGAAAAAAAA